GUGCAAGCCACAUACUUCACACGGCUUGAGACGAUCAAUCAAUAAAUAGUUACUAAAAUGAAGGUGACAGCAUUGAUCCUACUUGUACUGAUAUAUUCAUCCUUAACUUCUCCAAGCACAACAGUCUUAUUGUUAACUUCUACAGACACAACAGGACUGUUCUUCAGUUAUGCAAACACAACAACAGAAUUGUCCUUUUACUGUACAAGCACAAAAGAACUGGUUUUCAGUUAUACAAAAAUAACAACAGAAUUGUUAUUUCGUUGUACAAACACAACAGGACUGCUCUUCAAUUAUAGAAACAUGACAACAGAAUUGUCCUUCAAUUCUGCAAACACAACUGACCUAUUCUUCAAUUAUACAAACCCAACAACAGAAUUGUCCUUUCAUUGUACAAACACAACAGAUUCAUCCUUAACUUCUCCAAGCACAACAGUCACAAUUAUGAAUUCUACUUUAACAACAAAAUCAACUUUAACGUCUACAAACCAAACAGUCACAAUUCCGACUUCUACUUUAACAACAGAAUCAACUUUAACGUCUACAAAUCAAACAGUCACAAUUCCGACUUCUACUUUAACAACAGAAUCAACUUUAACGUCUACAAACCAAACAGUCACAAUUCCAACUUCUACUUUAACAACAGUUACAAUUCCGACUUCUACUUUAACAACAGAAUCAACUUUAACGUCUACAAACCAAACAGUUACAAUUCCUUCUGCUUUAAAUACAAGUACAAAAUCAACUUUAACGUCUACAAACCAAACAGUCACAAUUCCUUCUACUUUAAAUACAAGUACAAAAUCAACUUUAACGUCUACAAACCAAACAGUGAAGAAAAGGCUGAUAAUGAGGGUCAUCAUUAAUGUACCAAUUGGGAUGAAGCCUGAGGACUCACUUAUAACUAAUGCCAUCUUAAAACAGUUCACGGAUAAAGAUUUGAUGCAAAACAUUACAGCAAAGUGGAUAACAAAUAACGGAGCUAUUUUCAUGAUACCAAACACAUCAUAAGAAUGAGAGCCAUUGUGAAAUUAACAUUUGGACUAUAUGCUGUUUCAUCCAUCGUCAGAUGUGCAUUUCUUCAUAGGUGGCUUCUUCGAUGUCUAUAUUCCAUUAAUAAUGUAUACACCUCUUAUGGAAUUUUGAGUCUUUACUAUCACAGGGUAUAGUGAAAUUCUUACUUUGGGUCAGCUUCAAGCAUCUAAACUUGGCACAGCUGAGGCAGCAGUUUUUAUAACCUGUCUAAUCUUUGGCUGCAAAAGAACAAAAUGCACACUGAUGUACUGUGGAUCUAUAACUGCAAAGUUUCUUGGGAUGGCAUUCACUAAAGAAUUAAUAUAAUAUAAAGUUUAAUUUAUAUGAUAUUUAUUUUUAAAAACCUUUCAUCUGUGUCCCAUACAAUUGACUUGAAGAACUCAUUUUUAAGUAACAAAUAGAGUGCACUUCAUAAUUUUAAUGCAAUUAAGAUUUCUGCCAAUUAAUUUAACUUUAUAAAUGGUUCAGAAAUAUUUUUUAGGUCCUCAUCCCACUGUUCUGUUGUGUAUGUGUGGCCAAACAUUUGCAGUGGAUUAUCUUGGGAGUAGCUAAGUACAACUGCUUCCACAAUUGUACUGCUGUUUAGAUGAGAAGCCUGUUAGUGGCGUACAAAUGCUUCGGCUAUAGACUUUGUGCAGUCUGAUCAUUAAAGGGAAAAAUAAAAGUGAAAGUGGCACCCCACAUCUGGCCUGGCUACACAAUGUACACUUCCAUUUGUUUAGCAAGGAUUUUUUUUUGUUUAUGAAAUAUUUACUGGACAUGGCUAUUUCAUUAAACGCACAUUUUCACCCAAACACUUGUUAUAAAACACUGCAAAAAAAUGAAAUCUAGGCAAAUGAAAAAUAUUUAUAUCAGGACUUUAAAUCUUGUUUUCCUU